CAGUAGUUCUUCAUGGGACGUUCCUGAGCAAACCAACUCCUUCCAACCGAAUAGCAAGCAUGUGAACUUUUCUAGAUCUACUUGAAGGUGGAGUUUUGAACUAAGUAGAACAUCAACAUCAUGGACAAUUUAUCUUUAUUCGACAUGCUAGAGUGUCCUGUGUGCUUGGAAAAGCUGGAUGUCUCUGCCAAGGUGCUUCCAUGCCAGCAUACAUUCUGUAAGCCCUGUCUCCAGAGUAUUUUGAAAUCACACAAGGAGCUGAGAUGUCCUGAAUGUCGAACCCUUGUUCUCAGCAAUAUUGAAGAACUGCCUUCCAACCUGUUUUUGAUACGUUUAUUGGAUGGAAUUCGGUUUGGACCAAACAUGAUGAAGUAUGGCUCACUCCAACGAUCCUCAGCCUUCUCCUCUCCUGCCCCCAUCAGGAAAAUGGGGGGAGAGCUCGAUAAAUAUCGGAUGACUUCCAGUCCCAGGAUUCCUUUGGAAGAGGUUCCCCGGGCUAAAGCCUUAUACAGCUACAGAGGACAAAAUCCUGGAGAACUGAGAUUCAACAAAGGAGACAUCAUUACAUUGUACCGUCAACUAGAUGAAAACUGGUAUCUAGGAGAAAUAAAUAGGGUCAGCGGAGUUUUUCCAACAAACGCUGUGCAAAUUAUCAAACAGUUGCCACAGCUGCCACCACUGUGUCGAGCACUAUAUAAUUUUAAUCUGAAGUCCAAGAAUAAAAACGAAAAACCAGACUGCCUGUCAUUUCAUAAGGGUGAUAUAAUCACUAUAAUCAGUCGAAUGGAUGAGAAUUGGGCAGAGGGAAAGUUGGGGGACAGAACAGGAAUUUUUCCCAUCUUGUUUGUGGAGCCAAAUGCAACAGCACAGCAACUUCUUCAAAGGAGCAAAAGUUACCAGUCUUCUCCCCUGAAAUGUGCUUCUCCUUUACAAAGGUUCUUACCUAGAUCAAAAGGUGUAGAGUCACCCACUUUCUGCAAGGGAUCUGAAUCUAGAAGGAAGACGAUGAGACAGUUCUCUAUUACAACUGCCCUAAAUACCCUCAACAGGAUGGUCCAUUCACCCACAGGAAGGCAGACUUUGGAUAUCAGCUCUCCUGUGCUCAUCAGUUCUAGCAACCCUUGUGUGACUGCAAAGCACCAAGAGAAAUUAGAAGCCCCAUAUAACAUACCAGACCAGGUCAGCCCUUCCUGUUACGUGGAACCUGAAUCCAUGGGGCAUUCUACAGCCAUUGUCAGUCUUCCCCACUUACAGCAACAUCUGUCUUUGAAUAUGUCCGUCGCUUUGCACUCCUAUACAGCUCACAGUCCGGAGGAACUCAGCCUGCAAAAAGGAGAAGGCGUUCGUGUUUUGGGGAAAUACCGUGAAGGUUGGCUAAAAGGAAUGUCACUGAUCACAGGAAAAGUCGGAAUCUUCCCCAGCAAUUAUGUUGCUCCAUUUUUCAGAAAAUCCUCCAGCUUCUCGGAUUCAAAGAUGCCCUCCCUUUAUGCAACUUGGACAUUAUCCACUUCCUCACUUUCAUCCCAGGGAAGCAUCUCAGGGCACCGUCCAGGGCAAAGCAGACCUUUAAAAUCUCUGACUUCACCUGUGAGGAAUCUCUCUUUGCCCAGCGCUUCAGUGCACACACCAUCACUGAGAAGAGGACGGAGUAGCAAUAAGAAGAGUGGAUCUUUACAGAAACCUUUGCAACCAGGAGCCCUUAUUCCUUUAACCAGCUCUCUUCAGCGACAUCCUCCAACUCCAGCACGAUCUCAACAAACACCAAUAUAUCAAUCUAUUUCCUCUUUGCCCCGAGGAGUUGGCAUAGCUGAUACAGGAAUCAAACUGAGUGCCUCUCAUAAUUCUUCCUUAGUGCUAUUGCCCCGAAGCGGAAGCAGCAGAGCUCCUUCUGUAUGUGGCUCGGUCAUUUUGGAUACCAGUGAAGUACCAAAGAAUGAACUAGCUGUGAAACCACCUGCAUCUGCUCCACCUUCUAUUCUGGUGAAACCAGACACCUUCAAAAACACCACUGAGAAGCAAGUGAAAACAGUGCGAUUUCAAAACUACAGCCCACCACCGUCCAAGAGACAUAAUUCUGUAUCUUCAGUGAACCUCUCCAAUGGCAAACCCGAACAAGGAAUGAUUACAGAAGCAAUACAGCCAGAAUCGAACAUCAAGAGCCCUGAAAUGUCAGCUUUGUAUUCCCAUCGCAUUGUCUCUAGUUCAGUUCAUCAGAAGAGAAUGCCACAGCACAAGACCUCACCACUGGACCUUUCUAGCCAAGCUGGUCACCUGACCUUUCCUACAAAAAAGAAUUAUAAUAGCACCUCUGAGAACUGAGACGUUUAACCUUAUUUAAUGGGCUAUGUUUUGGACAUGCACUAUUAUUCAUUGUAAGAAAGAAAA